AUGGGUAAGAAUAAGAAGCCUCAGAAAACGAAGGAGCUUUCAGUGGCAAUAGCAGAAGCUUCGAUUACAGGAGAUGAGACCCAGCAACAGCCACAAACUCCUAGAAAGAGAGGUAGACCGCGCAAGAUUAUUGAAAAGAUUGAAAGUGAAGUGAAAAGAGAAGAAUCAAUAGCAGAAGGAACGCAGGCAACUGAACAGGUUAUUGGGAGCCACUCAAAGAAAGUUAAAUUCAGCCAAGAAGAAGAAGAACAACAACAGGUAGAAGUAGAAGAACCAUCGGCUUCUACGAGAGGCACAAAGAAAGAAGAGGAAAAAUCUGAAGUUAUCAGGGAGCCUCCAAGGAAAAGCAGAAGGAGAAAAAGCAAACCAAGAAAGAGCAGCUAA